UAUUUAAUUUUUAUUUUAUUAUUUUAACUAAUUAUCCAAACUUCCCAAAAAGAAUCUCUCAAAUAUGCAGCAUUUCUCACUGAUCUUCCUUCCAUAUGGAAGAAUAUUUCAUUUGUUUUUCUAUACCCGAUCCCUCUAUAUUGAAUAUUCUUCACGUAAGAGAAGAUAAAUCCCUUGUUACAAACUCAUCGAUCAACAACAAACUAUUUUUAAUUCAGUGUUAAUGCAAGUUUAGGGAUGGGGAUGGUCUCCAUCAUUUUCCGGCUGUAAAAAAUCCAGCCUCAACCUAGCACAAUGGUUGGGCUUGGGGUGGAUAUAGGUCUCUCAGUCUGACUGCCACAGACCACACUACAUAAUUCUACGAUUUCUACAUUCCAGAUGCUGAGUUGGGCCAACCUUCAAUUUCCCAAGUCUAGCCCAUUUGCUCCUUAAUAGUGUCAAGGCAAAGAAAUUCAUGAAAAGGACAUUAUCCAGAGCAAUAUUGUCCCCCCAUGUGACACAGAUAAACCUUAUCCGGUAGCAAUAUGCACUCUCCUUCCAAACAGAAACUCUCAAGCAAAGGCCGGCCACACAUAUGUCCUAUACUUUUGGCAGAAAAGCAGCAAGAGAGGAAUGGAUGGGAUACAGCAAGUGGCCUUACCCGUUCUAGGAAUUGUAGCAGCUGCAGCCGUUACCUUCUAUGUUGUAAGCUUUGCCGAGCUUAGAGAGAAGUCUGUCAGAGAUUUAGAGGACUCGGAGUCUGAAAAUGGAGGAUUCAAGUAUGUAAGCAAGAGGGAGAGGCGGGCUAGAAAAAAAGCAGAGAAACAAGACAAAAGUUAAAGGAAGGCAGCACAGUUCUUGGCUCCCAUAUGUCCAUGGCGUUUUUCCAUAUGCAGAUAAAUAUGCUUUAUUUAUUAGGCUCUGGUUGUUGUUUUAGAUUAAGUUAAAAGCAACAACUCUAGAUUGAAUGUUCAGGCAGAUGUAUGAAGCUCUGUUUGAGACGGGAGCUUUGAGAGUAUGUAUGCAUGCAAGGUUCAAAUGAGAGCUUAGAAUACAUUGGAGCA